ACGGUAUAUAGCAUCGUCGUCUCAAGGAUUCAAUUCGACAGAUCGAGCUUUCAGAGGUAGCAGCAAUGGAGGUGGAAUUGAAGCAGAUGCUUGAUGAUCUUCAGUCUCUCAGGCACUCUUCAUCCGACCCUUCGCUUCAUGCUUCAAUCGAAAAGCUGCAAUCUCGUGUUCAUCGUCUCACUGAUCUUGCAAAGGCUGUACCAGUUAGGCGAUCAAGAGUCAAGGAUAUGAGUGCUGAGGUGGUUGAUAGCAAUCCUUACAGUAGGCUUAUGGCACUUCAGAGGAUGGGUAUUGUGGAGAACUAUGAAAGGAUACGGGAGUUCUCAGUUGCCAUUGUUGGGAUUGGUGGUGUUGGUAGUGUUGCAGCUGAGAUGUUAACAAGAUGUGGCAUUGGUCGCCUCUUGUUGUAUGAUUAUGACAAAGUGGAGUUAGCAAACAUGAAUAGGUUAUUCUUUCGUCCAGAGCAGGUUGGUAUGACAAAGACUGAUGCUGCUGUUCAGACCCUAUCAGACAUUAACCCAGAUGUGGUACUUGAGAGUUAUACAUUGAAUAUCACAACAGUGCAAGGAUUUGAAACCUUUAUGUCAAGCUUGAAAAACAAAUCAUUCUGCCCAAGUAAAGAAGGUAGCGGAGUGGAUCUUGUUUUAAGCUGUGUAGACAAUUAUGAAGCAAGGAUGGUUGUUAACCAGGCCUGCAAUGAGUUGAAUCAAACAUGGAUGGAGUCUGGUGUAUCUGAGGAUGCAGUUUCAGGUCAUAUACAAUUGCUGAUUCCAGGAGAAACUGCUUGUUUUGCUUGUGCACCUCCUUUGGUUGUAGCAUCUGGUGUAGAUGAACGGACACUGAAACGUGAAGGCGUUUGUGCUGCUUCUCUACCAACUACAAUGGGAGUUGUUGCUGGGCUUCUAGUCCAAAAUACUCUUAAGUUCUUGCUGAAAUUUGGACAUGUGUCUCCCUACUUGGGAUACAGUUCUCUUAAGGAUUACUUCCCUACCAUGGAAAUGAAGCCAAAUCCACAAUGUUCGAAUGCUGCCUGUCUGGAGCGGCAGAAAGAAUACAUUAUUGCAAAGCCAGCCAGAGAAGCUGCAGCUAAAGCCAAGAGAGAGGCUGAAGCAUCAGCAAUCACAGAAACUCCCCUUCAUGCUGAUAAUGAAUGGAACAUAAGUGUUGUUGAUGAUAGUGAGAUUGAAAGGACGGAUGCUGUAAGUUCAGAUGCUCUUCCAGAAGGCUUUGUUCAUGAGCUCCCAAGUGCAGAUGAAUUUCAGAAACUCCCUGCAGGUACAUCGACAGAUACUGCUAUUGAUGACCUAGAAGAUCUCAGGAAGCAGCUCGAAGCCCUAAAUGCUGAUCAAUGAUCAAUUCUACUUUUUCCAUGAAUGAUGGCUAGUUUCUCUAUGGGGUCAGCUCAGUAAAGGACCUUUCAAAUGCUCCAUUGUUAGUAACCAUGCCCUUAUUGGGUAAAUAUUUCGAGCCUUGGGUACAUUGUCCGGCAAUGAUUUUUUUUUUCUUUUAAAGGUUAAUUCCAAAAUUUAUGCAUCCACAGUUCAUCACAAGCUUUGUACUGAAAUUAUAAUAGGGGCUUAGUUAUAGUUACCCCUAAAACUUGUGCCUCAAUGACCACAAGAUUUUGUGUUGAAAUUUUAGAGCUCUUGUCGGUUAAGAAAAAUUAUCAGAGCGA